GGAGCGGAGGCGCGGGGCCUCUCGGGAUGGCGGGCGCCUUGCCGCGCUUCCUGCAGGCGCUGCCGCCCGUGCACGGGCCGGAGCCGGUGCGGACGCGGGUGCAGGAACAGGACUUACAGCAGUGGGGCUUGACUGGGAUUCAUCUACGCUCUUACCAACUGGAAGGAGUCAAUUGGCUAGUCCAGUGCUUCCACUGCCAGAAUGGCUGCAUCCUGGGAGAUGAGAUGGGGCUCGGGAAGACCUGCCAGACUAUUGCUCUCCUCAUUUACUUGGUGGGGAAACUGAACGAUGAAGGGCCGUUUCUGAUUCUCUGUCCCUUGUCUGUUUUGAGCAACUGGAAAGAAGAGAUGGAGAGAUUUGCUCCAGGUCUUUCCUGUGUGACAUACACAGGUGACAAGGAAGAGAGAGCCCGUCUUCAGCAGAGCCUAAGACAGGAGUCAGGUUUUCACGUGCUGCUGACGACCUAUGAGAUUUGCUUGAAAGAUGCCUCAUUUCUAAAAUCCUUCUCUUGGAGCGUUCUUGCUGUGGAUGAAGCUCACAGAUUGAAAAACCAGAGCUCCCUGCUGCACAGGACACUUUCAGAGUUCUCAGUGGUCUUCCGUCUCCUGCUCACCGGAACACCCAUCCAGAACAGCCUCCGGGAGCUCUACUCCCUCCUCUGUGUCGUGGAGCCUGAUCUCUUCUGCAGAGAGCAGGUGGAAGAUUUCGUUCAGCGUUACCAGGACAUCGAGAAAGAGUCGGAAUCAGCAAGCGAGCUGCACAGGCUCCUGCAGCCAUUUCUCCUGAGGCGUGUAAAAGCUCAGGUGGCCACAGAGCUUCCCAAGAAGACAGAGGUGGUGGUGUACCAUGGCAUGUCCGCACUGCAGAAAAAGUACUACAAGGCCAUCCUGAUGAAAGACCUGGAUGCAUUUGAGAACGAGACAGCAAAGAAAGUCAAACUCCAGAAUAUCCUAACGCAGCUUCGGAAGUGUGUGGACCACCCAUAUCUGUUUGAUGGUGUAGAACCAGAGCCCUUUGAAGUUGGAGAGCACCUGAUUGAGUCCAGUGGGAAGCUUCACCUGCUGGACAGGCUACUGGCGUUUCUGUAUUCUGGGGGCCAUCGGGUUUUACUUUUCUCCCAAAUGACCCACAUGUUGGAUAUUCUGCAGGACUAUAUGGAUUACAGAGGCUAUAGCUAUGAGCGUGUGGAUGGCUCCGUGAGAGGAGAGGAGAGACACCUGGCCAUUAAGAACUUUGGAAACCAGCCCAUUUUUGUUUUUCUCCUGAGCACCCGGGCAGGUGGAGUGGGCAUGAACUUAACAGCAGCAGAUACUGUUAUUUUCGUCGACAGCGACUUCAAUCCUCAGAAUGACUUGCAGGCGGCUGCCAGAGCUCACCGAAUUGGCCAGAACAAAUGGCGUACCUUCCUCCCUGCCUCCAUCCUUGCCUGCAGUAUUUGGAAAGGUACAGAGGUAACUGAAGGCCAGCUGUGUCUUGCAAGUCCUCAGGGCCCAAUCAAAGCGUCCUUGUCUGUUAAAGUCAUCCGGCUGAUCGGCCGCGACACUGUGGAAGAAAUCGUGUAUAGGAAGGCAGCCUCCAAGCUGCAGCUUACCAACACGGUCAUAGAAGGAGGUCAUUUCACAUCAGGAGCCCAGAAACCUUCCGCUGAGGCCGACUUCCAGUUAAGUGAGAUUCUCAAAUUCGGCUUGGAUAAGCUGCUGUCCUCGGAGGGGAGCUCCAUGGAGGAUAUAGACCUCCAGUCCAUCCUGGGAGAAACCAAAGAUGGCCAGUGGAUCCCUGAUAUUCUACCCGCAGCAGCAGCUGCAACAGGAAGCCGAGAACCAGAGGAAGGAAAAAACCAUAUGUACUUAUUUGAAGGUAGAGACUAUUCUAAGGAGCCCAGUAAGGAAGACAGAAAGUCAUUUGAACAGCUGGUGAAUCUUCAGAAAACUCUUCUGGAGAAAGCAAGUCAUGGGGGCCGGACCCUCCGGAACAAAGGCAGCGUUCUUAUCCCAGGCCUUGCAGAAGGGCCCAUCAAAAGGAAGAAGAUCCUUAGCCCAGAGGAGCUGGAGGACAGACGGAAGAAAAGACAGGAAGCAGCGGCCAAGAGGAAGAGACUAAUGGAGGAGAAGAAGAAGGAGAAGGAGGAGGCUGAACACAGGAAGAAGAUGGCCUGGUGGGAAUCCAGUGGCUAUCAGUCCUUCUGCCUGCCCUCGGAGGACAGCGAGCUUGAGGACCUGGAGGACGGAGACGAGUCUUCUGCUGAGCUAGCUUAUGAAGAUCUAGACUCAACCUCCAUUAACUACGUUAGUGGUGAUGUCACCCACCCCCAGGCUGUCGAAGAAGAUGCUGUCAUUGUGCACUGCGUAGAUGAUUCUGGCCGCUGGGGCAGAGGUGGCUUAUUCACAGCUCUGGAAGCACGGUCAGCUGAACCAAGAAAAAUAUACGAGCUGGCUGGGAAAAUGGAAGACCUGAGUUUGGGCGAUGUCCUUUUAUUUCCUAUCGAUGAUAAAGAGUCACGAGACAAGGGGCAAGAUCUGUUGGCCUUGGUUGUGGCUCAGCACCGUGAUCGAACCAAUGUCCUGUCUGGCAUUAAGAUGGCAGCCCUAGAAGAGGGCCUGAAGAAGAUAUUUUUAGCAGCAAAGAAAAAGAAAGCAAGCGUUCAUCUUCCACGAAUUGGACAUGCUACAAAGGGUUUUAACUGGUAUGGUACUGAAAGACUUAUCCGGAAACAUUUGGCUACACGAGGCAUCCCAACCUACAUAUACUACUUUCCCAGAAGUAAGGCUGCUGCCCGCCAUUCACAGCCUGCAUCGCCCACCUCAGCAUCACUAGUUCCUUAGCAACCAGCCCAGCAUUGGGUCCAGUUUUCAGCAACCAGUUACUUUGAUUCUUGCUCCCAGAUUGAUUGUUAGUUUUCAGGAAACAAAUCUGUCUUUGGCCAUAUUCUCUGCUCUGGAAUUUCUGGGCUAGUCUUUUCUGAAUUCUAAUUUUGUUCCUCUGGAAGUGUUAACUGUGAUCUAGUACCUGUAAUACAGGAACACACAGUGUACAUGGGAAAGCCCCUUGGCUUCAGAUUGCCUACAUUGGAAUAAUAAUAAAUUGCCUAUUGUUAA